GGGAGUUUUGAUUUCAAGAAGGAACUCUAGCUACAGCAGUACAUCUAAAUCCCUGUUUCCAGAGUAUCGUCUUGGCCUUUAUCUUAAUAUUGAAUUGGUAGCAUGAUGUUUUUGAUGCGAUUUGGUUUUCAUCUCUGAUUUUCGAUUAGUCUUUUAUCGAUUUCAACCUCGUUUGGAAUAUUCGGUUGAAUUAACUUAUUUUAAUCAAGGAAGAUUGGACAAAUCUGAAAACUCUGUUAACACUUGGUGUAUUUCAUUUAUAAAUAUGUAUAACAUAAUGGAGCACCAACUCAAGUCCUCUGUAUCCUCGCAUCAGUCUGGAACCGGGCAGCCACCUGCGAACGGAGGAGGGGGGCAUGGGGGAGGCCAUGCAGGCUCCAAACCUCCAGCAAUCCAACCUGACCCGAUGGACAAAGUCAAGCGGCCCAUGAAUGCCUUUAUGGUCUGGUCUCGCGGCCAGCGAAGGAAAAUGGCUCAGGAAAACCCCAAAAUGCACAAUUCCGAGAUAUCGAAACGGCUGGGAGUUGAGUGGAAAUCUCUUACAGAUGCAGAGAAACGGCCGUUCAUUGACGAGGCAAAACGCCUCCGCGCGGUUCACAUGAAGGAUUAUCCAGACUAUAAAUACAAACCCCGUCGUAAAACCAAACCGGUGCCUAAGAAUAAUAAUCUUACCGCGCAAUAUCAGAUUCCCGGUAACCACCUGUUGAGUCCUUCCACGGCACAGGGACAAGGUGGAAACCCUAGAAUGGACAGUUAUGGCUGGGGCCACACGGGGGGUUACGCCGCAGCGAUGCAGAACGAGGCCAUAGGCUACACCCAGCAGCUUCACCGCUACGACCUGUCAGCACUGCAAUAUCAGUCCAGUAUGGCCCAAGCUCAGGCCUACAUGAACGGUGCAAAUGCAUAUAGCCCCAUGUCCUACAGCAGCAGCCCCCAGCAGGUCAGCCCGGUGAUGUCUAUGGUGAAGCAGCAGUCUGAUGGCCACAGCAUGUCCCCAUCCCCCACUGGGACCAACAGCCCCCUCCAGCAGCACCACCAUCAGCCACACCAAGGCCAGCGUGGCCUCCAGGUCCAGGGGGAUCAUCUCAGGGACAUGAUCAGCAUGUACAUGCCUGGCGGAGACACCUCAGAAGCCCAGAGAGGUUACUCUGUAUCUGCGGCUAAUAUCCAGCAGCAUUACCUGGGAGGGUCAGCACCACUCACCCACCUUUGAACCGAAUCCUUACUUCAGAACUGAGAGCUGGCACUGGUUGAAAUAGCUGCGUCUUGUGCUUGUUGAAAUGCAGUGGACUUCCAUUCUAGCAUUCUUUUUGACAUCCUCAAUCAACCUCUGAACAACAUAGUCUGACACUGUUAUUGUGAAAGUCCAGAAGCAGGGGAAGUCUGCUAACGGAAAUCAGCUCUGUUUUUUCUAACACACCAACCCACCCACCCACCGGUAAGCCCCCACUCUGGUUCAUGUUAUUCCUUGAGGGUCUCAUGAUUGAGCUGGUAAUAAUCAGUUUGCUCAAGAAACCCAAGUUAGACAGCUCGAAUAUGCUGCACGGACAUGACCAUCUGGCAUUUUGGCAAAUGGGUGGAAGUUAGUAACCAACCUGAUCUGACUUGAUCAGCUGGGUUUGACUGCUGGCAGCUCAGAGAGGUCAGAAAAUGCAGAGGAACUGAAGAUAAACUAUUUUUCAAAACAAAGAUGAGACAGACAAUAUUUUGUGACUAGAUGGUGGUUACGUCAUUGGUAGUUGAUUGUUUCAGUGUACAUUUCUGUUUGAAUACCAUGAUAGUUGUGAUUGCAAAAAGCAGAAAUUGUCCCAUUCUACCAUUUCUCUUAAUCAUCCAUCUGAAAGAGUUUUAAUAACUGCAGUGGGAUGUCAAAGUUUAAAUGGACCGUUGAUUAAUAUUUUCUGAACAAAAUGGCUUAGACAUUGACAAUCUUAAGUGUCCCUGUCAGACAGCUGCCAUUUUUAUAUUAAUUCAGAAAGAUAAUUUACCUCUUAAUGGGUCUACACUGUAAUUUAUAUUAAAGUAAAAUGGCAGCUGGUUUUAUUUCACAUUUGUCAAACACAAAACUCAACCAAUGUUUGUGAAACUUGUUAAUGUUUAGUUUAUAAUUAUGCUGCUUUUUUGAGGUUCAGGCCUUAUUUACAGUUAUGAAAUGUAACAAUUAAUGUUUUUUUUAAAUGCCCUUAUAGUAAG